AUGUCCGCCAAGCCGCAGGUCACCAUCACUCUCGGGCGUAGCGGGCAGGUACUUGUUUUCUUCCCCGUCGUCUUCUUUCUGUUAUUUUUCAAUAUCUAGGUUGCUUGAAGUUUGCAUUUUAGCGUUUGAUUGCCCCUUUUUCUAUGCAUAUCUUUCUACCCCAAAUUUUCCCAAGUCACCUUCGACCUUAGCUUUACAACAGAAAGGAUUAGGUUUGUAAAUAAGUGCUCCUUUCUUCUGAGUUUGUAUAGCCCUACAGAUUUAUGCUCUUUGACUGCAGCAAGUUCAGCAAGAAUGGUGCCGCAUUGAUGUGAUGACAGCCUUGAAUGCAUAAAUAACUGGAUUUCAUAGGGCUAUGCUAUGGCUUACCUUGCUUCGGUGAAAAUUUACUAAUGAUGAUUCAUUGAUCAUAGUUGGAUUGAUGAUCAAUAUUUGGCGGUUGUCCCGCUUAUAGGUCCAAUCGAUACAUACUAAGAAUAAAUAUUUGAAUAUCAAGUUCAUUGAUCUCAUAGGUAUCAUGCCAGAUCCCGUUGAUUGAAUCACUUUUUCCGAUAAAUACAAGACAUUUAAGUGAUACAACUAAAGAAAUCUAUGCAUGGAUAAGAAAAAAAAACGUGAACAGUGAUUGGAUUGAUGAUAAAGUAGAAUCCUGGGUGCAAAAAAAGAUAACGUUGAUGAUGCCGAAAAAGAUUUUACUCUUUUGGUAAAGUUGAUAGCUGAAUUAGGUCUUGAUUGUUAUACGUAUUUAGGCCUCAAUAUCUGUGACCUCUGCUAAUUACCGCAUGAAGUUAUGCAUGUGGAUUAGAUUCUGUCUGAGGCUAUGAAUGGCUAUAACCUGUCGGCUAUGCCUAUUGGCUUUUGUAUUAGGAAUAUUGUAGAAGAAAUAUUUCUUAAAAAUGUCUUUUUUCCCUUGCAAUUGAGAUUUCGCGGGUUAUUUUUUGUGAUGUAUAUCACAACAGUGAUCAUGUUUUUGCUUGAAUGAUCGUGAUCCGUAUCCUGGUCUAUGAGACAUUUCUCUACCGCAUCCCUGGUUGUUUUGACCACUUUAUGCAAUAUAAGUUUAAGUUUUCUUGCAUCUGAUUGUUAGGUUGUCAAAAGAUCUGGGGCCACUUCUGAAGGUUUUCAAUCUGAUUAUGGAACAUCGUCAGGAGGUAAGAGGCCUAUGAGGGAGAGAUUGAGGAACAGCUCGGAUGAAUAUGGUGGCAUGCCACAGAACAAGCGGUAUGACGUUUUUUGAUGGAGAUAUGCAUUGGUUAUUGCUAGAACUGUUGUCUGCUGUCAAAAUGUUUCAUAAUAAAUCUUAUGUCGAAUUCUCUCUCCUGGAUGUUUGAAUAUUUUUGUUAAUUUGCGUUAAUGUAGAAUUUUGACUUGAAAAGGACAUUGCCUUUACGGCAAUGGCAAGUUUUGUACGAUGCCCCGUUUUCUGAGACGGACCUUUUAAAUCAGUGGCAAGUAUAUUGUUUUAAUUUCUAGUGGGAUAUAUUUCCAUGUAAGAAAAUAACCGUUGUACUAUUUGGUUUUUUUAUCACUUGUGCAACAGAACCGACUUCUCAUUUUACCUAGUUUUAGAAAAGUCUUCAUUUUUCAUGAAGUUAAAGGAUUGAUAGGUGUCUUCCUGGGCGAGAGGAGAUUACAAAUGCUUCUGGCAGAAGCAUACUUAAAAGUUAGAUUACAUAAUCUGUUUCCAGGAGUGGUGAAGUCAUGCUGGUUAAGAGCAGAAUCCAUUUUGAUGAAUGUAAUUUAAUUACUCGUAGGAGAUGAGGCUUUUGGAUCUCGUAGAGAAUGAGAUAGCAUGUGAUCUUCUCUGUCUGGAGAAAAACAUUGUGAAGAUUUUGUUUAACAUAAUCUGUGUCUUGCAUUUUCUCGCACCAUUACACUAGUCGUGGCUGCCUAGUAGGGCAAUGCGUUUAUCUGUACUCUUAACUCAUGAAUGAGGUGGUGACGCAAUGAUUAUCCCUCAAGCGAGGGCUCGAUCAUAGAUUAUAUGUUAAGAUCAUAUGAAAUGAUUGUUUGGGCCACUGCUUUAGCCUAUAUCUUCUCUAUUGUGGCUCUUUGUUGUUCUCAAUAUGUGUCUUUUCAACUGCAGGCUGCGAAGAGAGAAUCACCAAUGGCAUUCUGACAAUGAUAUGAACGAUGACAACCUGUACCAGUCUAGUAUCCAUUGUACCUCUCUUGAGAUGCUCUUGUUUAUCUCUCAACCUAAUUCUCUUUUUAACUGCCUCAUGUGCUUGUGCCCUUAAUGGUAAAAGAUAAUCACAUUGGUCGGAAUGACCUGCGGUUUAAACUUCUGCGGAAAAAGGUACCCGCCAGGCAUGAUGUGGACCUUCGUGAAAGGCUUUCUCGAACUGGCCAAAUCCCCUAUAGAUUCAAUCCACGCAAGCAUCAACCAGAGGCCAAGUCGUUUGGCUCUUCAGGGCGAAUCCCUCCCACGAGAAGUGCAGAUGAUUUGUUACAUGUGGAUUCUGUAAGAAGAUCAUACUCUCCUAGGCGUUUGGAUAGAUUCAGGCAUAGAUCCCCUGACAGGCUUUUAGGUUCCUCUAGGGGUCUCUCCCCACAAAGGAAUUAUGAUGACAUUCGUCAGCGUUCAUCUAUAAGGUCUCUUGAUUCCCAAAGGUCAACAUCUGCAAUGGAAAAAAGAUCCAUUGAUGUUCCUAAGCCUGCAGCAUUUUCUUCCAAGGCUCCGUACCCUGCUGAACGUCCAAAGGCUGUAAUGCGACCUCCAUCCAAUGGCACGAUGAAGACAUCUUAUGUGGUAGGAUUUUCCUCUGUUUGGUACAAAUAACAAUCAUAUUGUAUUUCAGUUCAUUAGUAUAGUUCCGAAGUGGUUCUCUUCUCUUUUAUUUUAUUGAGUUAUACCAGAGUAGAAUUGCCCACGAGCUAAGUUUGAAUGUUUGAAUAAGCAUGCAUGUGGUCGACUGUUAUAAAAUUAUCUUAUAACUGGAAGAUUAUGCCCAUCUAAGCCUUUGUAUGGCUUUAGAAAACCAUAAAUCGUCGUUAGAAAUUACCCUUUACUUGCAUGGAAAGAGGGAAUGUCCCUUUUGGGGUGCUGAGAUGGAGGGAAAUUAAGGAUGAGAGUGUAUAGAGGUGGGCGAGUUGUAGAAGCAGUAGUAUCGGGAGUGUGAGUCACACUUAAUGGAGGAAAAGAAUUCUUUCAGAAAGGGGGAGAAAAAAAGCAGGUUUGGUGGAAAAAAACUAAGCUUAUUCUUGUUACUCGGUCGUUCUUGGAAAAUAUCAAGGUGAAGUUCCAUAGACUGAAUGCUGAAUGUAAGGUGAAAUUAUGUUUUAUUUUGUAUAUCUUCUUAUUAUUCACCCUAGUAUUUAAUGUGACUGAAAAUACAUAUCAAUGUAAAUGUAAUGUUAUUGACGCAUUAAUCCAUUGUAUUUUCCCCAGUUUACAAAACAUGUGAGUUCUUCAAUAUCCUUGACAAAAUCACUAUUAACCCUGAAGCAGGCCUGAAAGUGUGCCGAACUCAUGUAUAAUGACAAAUUCAGGUAUGAACGAAGCAUACUUGAGUAAACUCUGACGUAGUUUUUCUUGGUUGUUGGGGCUUGAAAGUCCCGACUCAUUGACAUCCCUAGUCCCUCUGCAUUGGGGGAAUGAAGAUGUCAAGUGGGUUAGUAAGCAUCAGAGAAAGGGAAGAAAGUGAUUUGGGACUCUCCUUUUGUGUUUAUUGUGAAGGCCAUGAUUACCGUUAGUAAUAGGUUUUUUUUGUGGUUCGACCUCGAUUCAAAAUAUUUCGAGUCUUAUCAGGCGUAUACAGUUGACCAACCAACGGACUAACUUGCCAUUAAAUAAUCUGCUUGUAGUGUUUUCAGAUCGAAGAUUAUCAAUGGUUAGACCGUUCUUGCGGAAUAGAUUUUCCCCCUCCAGAAUAUAUCUUCUCUUUAUGUUGAGAAAGAGCCAUGAUUUUAACGAUUCUUGUUUGUUUUCAUUGUUUUAGCGACAUGAGAUAGUAACGGAUAAUGUUUACAUGGUCUGUCUGUGCCUGAGAAAAGGCUGAUGGUAACUUUUAGGGGGCUUGGCUGGUUUGAGGCCUUAAAAAUCAUGUGAUUGAGCUACUGGACAAGACCCAGUCUUUUGAUCCCGAUUCUACUCUGGAUGUAAACUACUAGAGGCAUAACUGGCCUGUGGCUUACUCCAGUAGCUCCUGCCCAUUGGAGAUCUUGAUAUUUUAACUUUUACAAGUUUUUUUUUAUAAUUUUUUAAUGUUCCAAAUUUCAGUUAGACCUUUCUAUUUUCUAGGUUCUGAUCUGUAUUGUAUGAUUUUCCUAAAACUUGGGUGUUAUUGAAUCAUGCAACUUUUGCACAGUGGGAAGGAUGAAAUGUUUUGAAAGAGGGAAAAGCGUGAAUAUAUUUAUAUACAAGAAAAGAGCUUAUGACUUCUCUUUCAUAUUGGAGCAAAAUUGCAUCCUUCGAAAUGGAUAAAGAAUGAAAAUAUUGUCUCAUUUUCAUUUGCCAAUUGUGCUCUUUUCUGUCCAGAGGAAAUCGAUAGUGAGGCAGGGGAUUAUGAAAGAAUAGACGAUGAAGAAAAGAAUGACAAUGACUCACUUAUUUUAGUAGUAUUGAUGAUAGGGCAUUCAAGGGCAGUAGAGAAAUGCAGAGAGUAUUGUGGAUAUGGGCUAUGAUGAUGGCAGGGGCGUCUUCCUGGGGAGCACGAUCAAUGGUGAAAGGUCCCUGUGAUUAUAAUCGUACUCUAACUUUACUAACUGGCAUACUUCGACUAGAUUGCAUCGAUUCUCCUGGUUCUGAAUGUAUCAGCUAUUUUUCAACCCUAACCAGUCGUUGGUUUCUCCUAAUUUUAAUGUAUAGUUACUUAUAUUUUGACUUCUGCACAUUCCCAGAACGUAAUAGAUAUGCAUUUAAAUCGUUGGUUUCUUUUUGUCAUUUAAGCCAGCCUACCUAUGUGUCAUUCUGAAAUUUUAUUCCGUGGAACAAGAGCGGUAAUAAUUAACCACCAAUAAUUGCAGAAAUUUAAUCUGUAUAAAUUUCUUGUUUGCCAGUCUAUUAUGAAUUUCUUGUUAGCUGGCUAUUUUGUUCAGUAUAUUAUCAUGGCGUAAGCUCUUGACAUCUGAUCGUCAUCUCAUUUUCUGCUUUUUGUUUGCUCACUGCAGCCUGGAGAGCCGACCAAUGUCAGUAACUUACUGCAUUCGCUGGGGCUGGGGAAAUAUGCCAUUAUUUUCCAAGCAGAAGAAGUAAUUUUUUUACUUUACCUGAUGGUCCAUGUUGUCUGUUCCUUUGAUGAAAAUGCUGUAUUCCUCCACAGAAUGAACUCUGGGAAAUAUAGGAUAGUUUUUUUCGUUAUUUUGAUAUUUUUCAUGAUUUUUUAUCAUCUGCAGCAGAUUUUUUUUGGAAUUACUUAAUUACUAGUUUCAUUUCUUGGUUUAGCGUAGGUGCCAUUUUAAAAAACCUGCGACAGAUGUAUGUUUAGAUUUUUCCACCAGUAAUGCUCUGAUCCUGCCAUCAUAUUUCCCUUAUUUGGGUCGAAGGGAUGUAUUGACUUAUAGAGUUGCUUUUUUCUUUUUACCUAAUAAAAAGGAGACGAAACUAAAAUGUAGCAUACCUCGUAAUGCAAUUAAGCUUUUAUCCAUUUAAAACGUUCAGACUUGAAAUAAAAUCAGGGGAAGAAAUGAAAAAGCCUAGGAUGUAAUUUAUUAUUUUAUGCCAAUAUUACUUGAUGGCCGGCGAGAAUAGCUGUGAAAAGAUGAAAGAUACUGAUAGACGAAGGGGAUUGGACAUUAAAUCGAAAUAAAAUUAGCUCUAUUUGAAAAAUAUACAAGGUAGUUAUCUUUCAUAAUAUAACCUUUACAAAUUCUUUUCACAUUUUAGUUGUUAUGUUUAUUUUUCUUGUGACCUAUGUUUUCCUUUGCAAAACCGAGAAUGCAAAAGUGAGACCACGUAUUAACUUGUAACUAAGUUCCCUUAUUGCUGUAAUUCUGAGAUGCGAGUAUGAUCUUGCUUUGAUACACAGGUGGACAUGGCUGCAUUGAAGCAAAUGGGGGACACUGAUCUCAAAGAGUUAGGGAUACCAAUGGUAUGAUUUCUUCUAUAUACGUAUUAAUGUUCGGGUUGCAUGGAGUUUAAUGGUUAUCUUGUUUAGUCCUGUUUAGUCCCUUUAAUUCUUCUAUAUAGGUUUUUCGUUGUGGAUGUCAGAGCUUCGGUUCUCCUGUUUAGUCCCUUUAAUUCUUUGAUCGUAAUCUCGUUUGCAUGAGCAAAGUAAAAGUUAUGUCAGACGAAAUAACCAAAAUAUUAAAAAAAAAAUGAUGAAUUCCCAUGCAUGGAGUUUAAUGGUUAUCGAUACAAGCCACGGAAAUUUGUUCAUUUGCCUGAUCUUGUCGAAUAAAUUGUCUCAUUCAUCUGUCCCCAUGGGAUCUGCUUCCUGUACGAUUUGUUUGUUGUGUGGGGUCUUUCAUGCUUUAUAAUUUGUGCCAAAUUUGUAUCUCUUGUCACACCAUCGCCUGCUCUUUUUUCAAGAAAAAUCAUCAUUCUAUCCUGUUCAUAUUGAUGGUUUUCCUGUUCGAAACUCCAAAAAAAAACAUAAGAGAAGACUUGUGAAAAGCGAAAAUUUCCAAAAAGGAGGCCAUUUGAUUCCUACCCAAAGGACCCAACUCAAACAAUAAUAUUCCAUGUAUGAAAUCUGCAUCAGAAAGCUGUAUACGGCAUGCUAGUAUUGAAAAUUGAUGUCUGAUGAAGCACCCUGAUACUUCCAAUGGGCCCUGCUCCAGAUCUCCAGAGCAUGGAUUGCACACGGUCUACAAUUCUUCAUCUUAUGCACUUUUGUAUGUGGAUUCCCCCAUGUUCUGGUUUUUAUGUCACCAUAGUCUCCAGCCAGUUUUCGGAGGUCAAAUUAUUUCCAUAUUAUCCAGCGUUAUAACCACAGUUUACUGUAAUUCUCCUGUUUGUGCCCUUCCCUUCGUCUUCAAGCUCCGGUUGAUGCUUGUUCAUAGUUUCCCUGAAGGCGUUUUAUUAUAGAUCCAAUUCACCUGGUUUCGAAUCUAAACAAGAAAAACCAAAACCAAGAAAUCUAUAUUUAUGUGCUAAAGGCACAUUCUAGUUUAUCAUAAAUCCAAUUCAUAUGGGUCAAAGUCAGAACAGAAAAGGAAAUUUUCUAUGUUUAUGCACCAGAAGCAUAUUCUGAGCAUUUUCAUCGAGAUAAUCUCUCAUUUGUGCCCUCCCCAUCGUCUUCAACCUCUGGAAACAGAUCUAUUCUAUGUUUUGCCUCCGUAUCUUCAAUAGUCCCCUUCUGCUCUGAUUAAAUCUGAGCUGCCCUGUCUUGCCUUUCAUUUCUGCUAAACUAAAAACACUCUCUUGUUCUUGUCGCGAAGCUACCCAUCUGUUUCUUAUCUCAGCCAAGCCAUGUUAUGGCUCGAACUGAAGACUCUGUUUUGCAUGCUUAUAUGAACAGGGAAAUGGUUUUGAUUGCGUCAAGAUUAAACCCAUGAAUUUAUUCGUUUUAGUAUGAUCCUUGCACUGGCGCAUGUAAUACACUUGAUAACCUUACCGAAGAUGAUAUAUUACUUGAAAAAUGUUAGGCACUCACCAAAACAUGAGAUGGAUUGUGACGACUUCCAUCGAACCACAUGCCAAUCUCUCUCUCUCUCUCUCUCUCUCUCUCUCUCUCUCUCUUGUUCAUAGUCUUCCUGAAGCCAUUUACAUUUGGAUUGUAAUAUCUUUUGCGUAAAAGAGCUUCAUUUUCUUUGGGCACAUAAGAAACUCAUCCUAGUUGAGAAUUAUGCCAUUAUCUCACGAGUGGGGAAUCUUCCUGCAAUUGCAGGGACCGAGGAAGAAGAUCCUUCUGGCCCUCCUUCCGCGCGCCAAGCAGCGGCACCCGUGA